AUGGGUCCUCCCCAGAGCACCGCCUCGCGUCCAAAAUCCUACCUAUCCUCAAUCAUCAGGUCAAUAAUCAACAUCAUCAAAGCUCUCAUCAUAAACGCCUACACAGCCAUCCAUGCAUCCCUCGAUGCAGUCCUUCCUCCUCCAAAACGAGCAGAAAUAAGAUCCCAGCUCGCAUCCUUUGCUAGGGAGCGUCCUAUCCUCGCCUCCUUCUUAGCCUCCCAGCUUCUAUUCUGCGGAGUCCCACUCGUCCUGUUCGUCGUGCAGGUCGUCAGCGUGCUGGUAUUCGCAUUCUCCACUGCGCUGGUGCUUGCCUCGCUUUGCGCGCUUACAUUCACGGCCGUGUGCACUGGUCUGGCGCUGCUUGUGCUUGUGCCUGUGCUGGCUGUUACGGCUUUCGUGGGUGUGUCGGUUUGGUUCUGGGGAUGGGUCGGCUGGUGGGCCUUGGUGUCGUUUGGUAUUGUGCAGACGGAGCCUUCGACAGGGAGGGUGAGGAGUGAAGGGGCUGUUCUUGCUGGGUCUCAGGGACAGGCCAGGGUUGAUGGAUUCAAUGGCGUCAAGGCUCCCAGAGAUGGGGUGCCGCUCGGGAUACCUACUUCCUAG